AUGGAUGGCUAUGGCCACCGACCGCUCAGCUUUUCAGACAGGAGAGCGAGUCUGUACUCAAGCGAGGAUGUCGUUAUGGGCAACGGAAACCACACGAUCAAGAUCCCUCAGCCUAGACCGCCCAGGGGACCGCCGACUCCCAGCAUGAGCACACCUGCUGCCGACUUCGACCAGACACUGACCGGAUCGCCACCGCCGCCUCCCACACCGGCGGCGUCGCCUGGUCCCACGCACGCGCAGCCUGACUGGAGCGACGCUGCGGACGACGAGGACAUCUUCCUGGCCCAGUGUCGCCAACACUUCCAGACCUGCAAUGGACCUCAACGAACACGCAUCUUGGCGGAUUUGUUGAACUUGUGCACAAGCCAGCAGCUGUCAUUUGUUCAUCAAUUCGUUAGCCCGCUGCUGAAGAAAGAUCCUUUCACCAGUCUUCCUGAUGAGUUAUGUCUUAGGAUUCUGUCAUUCAUCGACGACCCCAAGGUCCUGGCGAGAGCAUCCCAAGUAUCACGAAGGUGGAGAGACCUCCUCAGCGAUGACAUGACAUGGAAAAAUCUGUGCGUCAAACACGAUUACGGCCGUCGUCUGUCCGAGGUGGGUACCACGGUGCCUCUCUACGCCUCGAGGCCUGGAGCACAACCACUUGUCUCCUUGGACACCCCAUUUUCAAACCACAUGCACAGUUUCCCAGGGGCAUUGCCAACUGCGACCGGUAUGUCCGCUUCUAGGAGCCUGGACGGGUCGGACUCGAGCUCGCGUCCUAAGCUCAGGUCGUACAAGUCGCACUUCAAGCAGAGAUACUUGGUGGAUGCGGCAUGGCGAACUGGUGGUAAGGCUACCACGCGAGCUAUCACCCAGGAUGGCGGCGUCGUAACCAGUCUGCAUUUGACACCCCGGUACAUCAUUGUGGCUUUAGAUAAUGCCAAGAUCCACGUCUUUGAUACCGAAGGCAACGCGUUGCGAGUACUACAGGGCCACGUCAUGGGCGUAUGGGCUAUGGUCCCAUGGGAAGACAUCCUGGUCAGUGGCGGUUUGCGUUGUCUUAAGAUGUCCGACGCCAAGACCGCCAUCUCCGGCUCGAGAGAUACCACCCUUCGUGUCUGGAAUAUCGAGACUGGCGUCUGCCGCAACGUCCUUGUCGGUCAUCAAGCUAGUGUUCGAUGCUUGGAGAUCAAGGGAGAUAUAGUGGUGUCGGGCAGUUACGAUACUACCGCCAAAGUAUGGAGCAUAUCCGAAGGCAGGUGUCUCCACACACUUCAAGGCCACUACAGCCAGAUUUAUGCUAUUGCCUUUGACGGCGCGAGGGUGGCAACGGGCAGCUUGGACACAAGUGUUCGGAUUUGGAACGCAAACACUGGGGAAUGCCAGGCAGUCUUGCAAGGACACACGUCUCUGGUGGGCCAGCUGCAAAUGCGCGGAGACACCCUUGUCACGGGUGGCUCUGAUGGCUCGGUCCGGGUUUGGUCCCUCUCGAAGUUCGUCCCUAUUCACAGGCUGGCUGCCCACGAUAACAGCGUGACAAGCUUGCAAUUCGACGACACUCGUGUUGUCAGCGGCGGCAGUGACGGCCGUGUCAAAGUCUGGGACCUGAAGACGGGACACCUCGUUCGCGAACUGAUUGCUCAAGGCGAGGCCGUGUGGCGCGUGGCUUUUGAGGAUGAGAAAUGCGUGGCAAUGGCUCUCCGAAACAAUCGAACUAUUAUGGAGGUCUGGUCAUUCUCACCGCCGCCAGAGGAUGAGAGGCCAUUUGCGUUGAGAUCUCUUGAGGAACCUGACCGGCCGAAGAGCGCAUUACCCUUGGACUACAGACCACCGCAGCCAGCAUUGCUUCACAGCCUGGGCCCCCGUGACAGUGGAGUCGAAGAUGUUGACAUGAGAGACGCCGGCCCGUCAACCGCUCCCCUUCGGCAAGGCACCACUUUUUUCCACGACUGA